GAGAGAGAGAGAGAGAGAGAGAGAGAGAGAAAGAAAGUCCACCAUCAUCAUCAUCAUCAUCCUACUCCAUAUCCACACAGUCGGUGUUUUUUGUGAGGAUCGUCGCCAAGGAGCAAGUGGCUUGUUUACAGGCCUGCAGCUUCACAUAUCAUGACUAAAGAGGAGAACCUGGAGAUGCAGGAGAAGGAGAGGCACGACCGCGAGGACCAGGAGGACGGGAGGGUCCAGAGGGAGGAGGAGGAACUGACUGAGGAAGAGGAGGAUGAAGAAGAGGAGGGAGGGUAUGAAAUAGAGGAGGAGAGGGAAGGUGGGGAGAGGACCGAGGAGGAGCAGGCAGAGGAAGGAGAAGAACAGGAGGAGGGCUCGGUGGACAGGGAAUGUGAUCCUGCUCCGGGGACUAAGCCCCUGUCAGUGUCUGCGCUUCCUAGUCCAGUCCAGGAGCCCCGACGUCGAGCUAUGGUGCACCCUUCUGCCCAAGCACCCCUUCCCAAAGACUACGCCUUCACCUUCUUUGACCCCAAUGACCCUGCUUGUUUGGAGAUCCUCAUGGACCCUCACACCACCAUCCCCGAGCUGUUCGCCAUCGUGCGCCAGUGGGUCCCCCAGGUGCAGCACAAGAUCGACGUCAUCGGCAACGAGAUCCUGAAACGUGGUUGCCAUGUGAACGAUCGUGACGGUCUGACGGACAUGACGCUGCUCCACUACAGCUGCAAGGCGGGCGCGCACGGAGUUGGCGACCCGGCAGCAUCGCUGCGUCUCACCAGCCAGUUGAUCUCUCUGGGUGCCGACGUGAGUUUGAGGAGCCGCUGGACAAACAUGAACGCUCUGCACUACGCCGCCUACUUCGAUGUCCCUGAACUGGUCCGAGUCCUGCUCAAAGCUGCCAAACCCAGAGUCUUGAACUCCACGUGCAAUGAAUACCACCACGGGACGGCGCUCCACAUCGCUGCUUCCAACCUGUGCCUGGGUGCAGUCAAAUGUCUGCUGGAGCACGGCGCCAACCCUACCGUUCGGAACGAGAAGGGCCAGGUGCCGGCAGAGGUGGUCCCAGACCCGAUGGACAUGAGUCUUGACAAGGCAGAGGCCGCCAUGGUGGCCAAAGAGCUGAAGCAGCUGCUGCAAGACGCUGUGCCACUAAGCUGCAACCUUCCCAGGGCCACGCUGCCCAACUAUGACAACAUUCCCGGGAACCUAAUGUUGUCCUCGCUGGGGAUGAAGCUGGGAGAGCGAGUGCUUCUGGACGACAUGAAGAACGGGACGCUGAGGUUCUGCGGUACUACAGAGUUUGCCAGCGGUCAGUGGGUCGGCGUGGAGCUGGAUGAGCCUGAGGGGAAGAACGACGGCAGCGUUGGGGGCGUUCGUUACUUCAUCUGCCCUCCUAAACUAGGGAUUUUUGCUCCGGUGUCAAAGAUCUCCAAAAUUGUGGACCAGACAGUCUCCUCUGUCACCUCCACUCCCAGAACGCCCCGCAUGGACCUGGCCUCACGCCUCGCUGGGAAGACCAAGAAGGAAAAGGAGAAGAAGGAGAAAGCAGCCCAGAAGAAAAAGUCGUCAGUAGUCAGUCUGGAUCCCGAAGGACUGAACGUUGAGGUCGGAGAUCAUGUCCUGGUGGCCGGACAGAAGCAAGGCAUUGUGCGCUUCUUUGGAAAAACCGACUUUGCUCCAGGUUUCUGGUUCGGUGUCGAGCUGGACCAGCCCACGGGUAAACACGACGGCUCUGUGUUUGGAGUGCGCUACUUCAACUGCCUGCCCAAAUAUGGAGUGUUUGCUCCCCCCUCGCGGGUGCAGAGGAUUGGAGGACCUAAAGACGCCUCACAGAAAGACAACUCCAUGGUGAAGAAAGUCCACCAGGUCACCAUGGCGCAGCCCAAACGUAACUUCAACACGGUGCGUUCUCCUAAAGACCUCACCUCUGAAAGCUCCAUAUCCAGGUUGCUCUUCUGCUGUUGGUUCCCGUGGAUGCUGCGAGCUGAGAUGCAGUCCUAACUACGCUGCUGUCCUCCUGCUAGCUAACAAUCGCUGUUGUUCGUCCAACCCGGCGAAAGCUUCCUCUCUCCAGCUCUCAGUCCACCUUCUUCUUGUCCUUUCAAUCUUUAGUGCCUUGUUGAAAUGUUGAUCAAACGUUCCUGCUAAAGAACCCCCAAUUCUCCACACCAGAUACUCUCUCCAUUAGCAUCUCACCUCCUCGCUUAGCUUGCUCUUUGUUUACUCGUCAUUAGCGUGUGAUUUUAGCUCCAUGUUGUUUUGUUUCGGCUUCCGAGAUGCCGUUGUGUGUCAAAACAAUUCCAAUAUGUGCUGCUGACAGUUGGGAACAAUAGUUAGCGUCAAUCUUCUGCUUUUUUGACGUGAAAACAGAAAAUGUUGGUGAAAUACGGAAAAGUCCAUCUUGUCGCUGCAUUGCUUUCUCGUAGCUGCUUUGUUGCUAUAUUUAGCCAGUAUUCAGAGUCCUCGUGCAAGUUUUCCGUAGGUUAUAGGAUACUUUUGGAGGCUGACGUAAACGUGCGUAUCAUUCAUAAACCUGGAUUAUGGUCCUGCGUAGUCACGUCUUGAUUCUUUUGCCAGCUCUUUGUCCAGGUUGAGAGCAAGACGUGCAAUCCCGCUCCGAAACCACCAGAGGCACUGUUUUUCGGCACGUCAACUUUGUUUCGCUUGCCCUUUUUGCUUUGUCGCUACACGAUCGAUACUGGAAGACACGUACGCGCAAAGACUACGUCACGUCCACUGUCAUGGUUACCAUGUUUUUUUUUUUAAUGUAAUCUUUAUUCCCAUACAAAACAAAAAUUAAAGAAUAUAGUAUUUUUUCCAAACCAUUCCGAUCUUUACAGACUCCCGAACUUAGAUUCCACUAAAUUAAGUAAUUGAUCUCCAAGUUGGGGAAGUGAUCCCCAAUGUGGAGGAGUUCAAGUACGUCAGAGUCUUGUUCACGAGUGAGGGAAGAGUGGAUCGUGAGAUCGACAGGCGGAUCGAUGCGGCGUUUUCAGUAAUGCGGACGCUGUAUCGAUGCGUUGUGGUGAAGAAGGAGCUGAGCCGAAAGGCAAAGCUUUCAAUUUACCGGUUCAUCUAUGUUCCCAUCCUCACCUAUGGUCAUGAGCUUUGGGUUAUGACCGAAAGGAUAAGAUCACGGGUACAAGCGGCCGAAAUGAGUUUCCUCCGCCGUGUGGCGGGGCUCUCCCUUAGAGAUAGGGUGAUAAGCUCUGCCAUCCGGGAGGAGCUAAAAGGAAAGUUGCUGCUCCUCCACAUGGAGAGGAGCCAGAUGAGGUGCUUCGGGCAUCUGGCCAGGAUCCCCCCCGAACGCCUCCCUAGGGAGGUGUUUAGGGCAUGUCCAACCGGGAGGAAGCCACGGGGAAGACCCAGGACACGUUGGGAAGACUAUGUCUCCCGGCUGGCCUGGGACCGCCUCGUGGUCCCCCAGGAGGAGCUAGACGAAGUGGCUGGGGAGAGGGAAGUCUGGGCUUCCCUGCUUAGGCUGCUGCCCCCGCGACUUGACCUCGGAUAAGCGGAAGAAAAUGGAUGGAUAGAUCAAAAUACAAUAAUGUCAAUUGCAAAGUCCACUUAUGUUAGCAUGCAGAUAUAAAUUUAAGUAAACGCCUCGUUUGAGAAUUUACCAUUUCAUCAACUUGACUGAUUGCCUUUCAGUCAUGUCUACCUAAACGGAAAUAUAUAUUUUUUUAAUCUUGACAUUAGCUCUGGGCGACAUGGCUGAAAACUGUGUCACGAUGUAAGUGUGAUAUAUCGGUCGAUAUCGAAACUUAUUGAUAUUUUAAAAACGACCAGGAGAAAAUAUAUUACAUGUAAACAUUUGUAUUUAAAACGUGACCUGCCCCUGAUUAUAAUACACUUAGCUUUCUAGGCAGAACGGAAAGGAAAUGUCAACACAAACAUGGAAAACAGUAAUGUAAACAACAUUGUAAAAUCGCUUAACAAUAACCUCUUAAAAUGAAGGUGCAAAAAUAAACAACAUAUAAGAAGUGCUUAAUAAAGUGUAACAAAAUAGUGCAAAGUGUGAAAAUAGUUACAGCUGUGCUCUAAAGGGUGAGCGCCUUGCAUCAUUUACAGACCACAAACCAGCAGGCACAAGACAUUGAUGCAAUGUUGAUUGUACAAAAAUGUCCUUUAAAACUGACUUCGAAACAACGUUGCAGAAUAGUUGUAUUUGCAAAUUGAGACAAUGUUGAUGUCCAACGUUGGAUCUAUGUUGUUGGUUGGGAAAUAGCCAAAUUGCAAUGGUCAAAUCAACGUCACAACCGGACAUUGAAUAAACGUUGUCAAAAAGAAUGUUGUUUCAACGUUGUAUUUGUGUUGUAGAAUAUUGGUCGGGAAAUGACCAAAAUUUAAUGGUCAAAUCAACGUCAGAACCCAACGUUUUCAUAAAGUAUAUUGUUUCUACGUUAUAUUUGAGUUGCUCAACGUCAGGAACCUAAUUCAACAAGUUCUUGACGUUGUUUCAAUGUCUUGUGCCUGCUGGUAAUGGUCUGACUACGGUCCGUUUAAAAAAAUUCCAAAAAGCGCCAUAAUGUUGAGUUGACUUUUCCUGUUCAAUACACAAUUUUCUUCAAUUUUUCUUUCCCUACUCACUUCAUGCAUGGAAUCAACCGCCAGACAACAACAUGGUGCAACCAAACUUGAUAGUUGAUACUGCUACUUGAUUGGCUGUCAGCGUGUCACUCCCACUGAUUAGUGAUCACUUCCUGUGUUGCUCGGUUGUCAGAGAGCGAGUUUGUUUCUUCCGACGAUAGUAGAAAAAAUUAAUAAUUUUGAAUGUAUUAUCGAACGCAUUUUUUGUUGAUUUGAAUUACGUGUCUAUCGCGAUGCAUAUUGAUAUUCUUUUAUUUCCCAGCUUUACUUCAUUUCAUAUAAAUGCGAGUCAGGACGUGGACUGAUGGAGUCUUCCGGUCCCGAUUGUUUAGCGACUAGCUCGUUAGUCUUUCGUUGUGAGCGAACGAUGCUAAUUCAAGAGAGAGAGAGCGUGUGUUCAUAGAGCUGAAACUAAUCAAUGUGUUACAACAAUCACUUUUUAAGAAAAUAUUGAUCGGUGAUCGGGGGAGUUCAACCUCCGAACGAGGCAUAGACAAGGGAUGGCUGACGAUGCAAACUAGACCAUGGUAUUUAAAGUACCACUGAUAGUCACACACAGACUGGGUGUGGUGAAAUUAUUCUCUGCAUUUGACCCAUUCCCUUGUUUCAUCCCCUGGGAGGUGAGGGGAGCAGUGAGCGGCAGCGCUCGGGAAUCAUUUUGGUGAUUUAACCCCCAAUUCCAACCCUUGAUGCUGAGUGCCAAGCAGCAAGGUAAUGGGUCCCAUUUUUAUAGUCUUUGGUAUGACUCGGCCGGGGUUUGAACUCACGACCUCCCAGUCUCAGGGCGGACACUCUAACCACAAGGCUACUGAGCAGGCUAGAUUAAAGGGACUUCUAGCAACUUUUAGGCCAGCCAAUGGCUACUUGCCUGGCCGAGGACUUGGUUCCCAACACACAAGAACUCGACAGUCGUCCAAUGUGUGUCCCGGCAUCUGAGUUAGCAUUAGCAUGUUAGCUAGCCGCAAAGACAUCUUUAGUUAAGUCCAACACGACUAAAUUAUCUUCUUCUCGCUGGCUUCCAGUCUGAAGAUGUGUUGGAAAGAGGAAGCCAUGAAGCAAACCUGAACCAAAAAGUCUUGAACAGACCUAGUUCUGUGUCACUCCAUACAGUGCAUCACCAAAACCACUAAUCAGCCCAAACAAGAGAGUGUAGUAUUUGACGUCUUUGUGUUGCCGCCUUUUAUGAAAGCGUAUUAUAAUUAUUAUAUUAUUAAGAGUAUUAUCAUCAGCGUUUACACUUUCAAUAUUUGAUCGCCCAACAAUCACUGAGUCGCCUUUAUUCUUCCUUUUUCUACUCGCUGAAUCGAGUCGGUCUCGUCACGUCCUUUUGUGACCGAGGUCCUACGAGGACGCCUUGAAAUUAAUAAUUUUCUUAAUUAUCAUAAUCCCCUGUCUGCGUCUCUUUAUCAAUGUCAACCUCGUUCUUUGGGCCCCUUCAUGACACGUGGUCUCACGCCAUUAUUGACUGCUUGGAGGUCACAUUCUGCUUUUUGGCCACCAGAGGUCAUUAGUGUGUAGUUAUAUAUUUAUAGAUCUACUACCAUAAAUGAUAUUAACCUGUACACCUGUAGCUCUUGUUAACUUGUUCCAAGGACCGUGCCUAUGAAAUCAAAUGUAGGACUGUCUCGUCUGUAGAUAAAACACAUUUAGGGUCGUUCUAACAUUUAUUAACAUGACAUGAAAGGGACAAGCGGUAGGAAAUGGAUGGAUGUCAGUGUAUUUGCUCCUGUACAAGCGAGCAGCCAUGACAAAAGUCAUCUUGUUUUUGUGUUGACAAAUUCGGUCCUUCCCGCUAACUACCUAUAUACUGUACAGCUUUUAUCGUUUCAAUAGCCUCACCAAGUGUACUUUUGAGUUAUUUUUGUGUUUUUUUUAAUCGGUGUCCUGUGUGUGCGUGAGGCGUUGAAAGGAGACGUUGUGACGCAAACAUCCAGUCACUGCAUGCUGUGUAUUUUGUCCAACUCGUCCUGAGCAUGGAAAUGCAUCCAAUGACAACUACUGUGCUGACUCGGUCAAUAGUCUACUAAAUAAACUGAUUUGAUGUUG